AAUCACCCUCUACCACUAAACCACAUCCCCAGCCCCUUUAAAAACCUCUUAAAGCUGCAUGAAAGCACAUAGGUUGGCUGGAAGGAUACUUUGUUGAGUUCAAUAUGAAUUACAGUUGCAUGGAUAGCUCUUGUGACCACUGCUUGGAGGACAUUUUAAUCUGCUUAGUUCUGGAUUCUAUCAUUAAUAGAGUCUUAUCUCCUAACUAGUCAAGGCUGUUGGAUGUUUUGUUAUAUUCAGAAAUAGGAUAUUUUGAGCAAUAUGUUCUAAUACUGAACCAAUUGAUGCUGCAGUAUUUUUAAAGAGCAUUAAUAGCUAUGUUAGAGUAGUUUUUAAUUUCUGGCCUUCUGAUUUACUUCAGCUUUAACUUUCUUUUGACCCAGAACUUGGUAAUGACCAAAGGGUUAAGCAGUAUUGAGGGAGUGUCAAACAGGCAGAAGCCAAGGCUGAUGAUACGGCUAUCUUUAUCUGUGUUUCUUGUACUUUCUACAGCUGCAUGAUACUAAAGGUUUCGUAUCCAUUUUCCAUACCUCUGUUUCCUGGUAGGUUUACCAGGGGUUAAGUUAGUGGGAACAGUUACUCUGAAGCCACUGUUCCUUUUGGAUUGUCACAUGCAUGUUACAUGUAUUUUCUUACAUCUAUUCCUUUUUCUUUUCAAGGGGCCAUUUUCAGGGCAGAAAGAGGAACACUCAAAAUCAGAAGGGACUGCCUGAAUGCUUAGACUCACUGCAUUGUUGAGAAGGGUCAGUGCCAAACGCGGACUUACAUAACAUGUCACUAUGAUUAGAGAACUGUGCUCCGGAGGCCAUACCAUGGCUCCCGGAUGUUGUGGGUGAGAGAAUUUUCAGGUUCAGCUGACUGUAUAUCUUCCAAGAUUCCUAAAGCCCGACCAUUUGGCUUUUUCCUGAUACCUAACCAUGCAGCGGAGGUCAAGAGGCAUUAAUACAGGGUUGAUUCUGCUCCUUUCUCAAAUCUUCCAUGUUGGGAUUAACAAUAUUCCACCUGUUACACUAGCAACUUUGGCUCUCAACGUCUGGUUGUUCUUGAAACCUCUGAAGCCAUUGCUUAACUCCUGUCUUAGUGUAGAAAAGUGUUACUACCAGAAAGACUGGCAUCGUCUAUUACUUUCGCCUCUUCACCAUGCCGAUGAUUGGCAUUUGUAUUUUAAUAUGGUAUCCAUGCUCUGGAAAGGAAUUCAUCUGGAGAGAAGACUGGGAAGUAGAUGGUUUGCCUACAUUAUCAUCACAUUCUCCCUACUCACUGGAGUGGUGUAUCUGCUCUUGCAAUUUGCUUGCGCCGGAUUUAUGAAUGAGCCGGACUUUAUGAGGAAUUGUGCUGUAGGUUUCUCAGGAGUUUUGUUUGCCUUGAAAGUUCUUAACAACCAUUAUUGCCCCGGAGGCUUUGUCAACAUUUUGGGCUUUCCUGUAACCAAUAGAUUUGCUUGUUGGGCAGAACUUGUAGCUAUUCAUUUCUUCACACCAGGGUCUUCCUUUGCUGGGCAUCUGGCUGGGAUUCUUGUUGGGUUCAUGUACACUCAAGGGCCUCUGAAGAAAAUCAUGGAAACAUGUGCAGGCAUUUUUUCUUCCAAUAUUGGUUACCCUGGACAUCAAUACUACUUCAAUAGCUCAGGCCACUCUGGGUAUCAGAAUCAUUACCCAUACGGCAGGCCAGGGCCCUAUGAAGAGCCUGCCACGAACUACGAUGUGUACACAGCAGGGCUGAGCGAGGAGGAACAGCUGGAGAGAGCACUAAGAGCCAGUCUCUGGGACCAAGGAAAUAGCAGAAAUAGCCCACCGCCCUAUGGUUUUCAGCUCUCGCCAGAAGAAGAAAUGAGGAGACAACGGCUUCACAGAUUUGACGGCCAGUGAAGUGGCACAGCAUUUGGGGAAGACGUGGUCCAGUGCCAUUUCUCCCCAUUUGGUUGAGCCCCCUUCCAGCCCCAACUUAGUUUUACACGAAAGCAGAGUAUACCACCAUCCUCCCUGAUCACUUCUGUGUGCCAUGGACUGUCACCCUGUCACCACCUGAGUCCAGAUUCAUGGUCAGAUGGGCUUGUCUGGAAAGCAGGCUUGGGGAAGGCAGCUCACAGCUUUCCAGAACUGAUUGUGUUCUCCAUCCCAAACCAAAGAUCUCUUCCUUAAUACUGGGGCCUUUCUCCCCACUCCAUCCUUCCCUCCUGAAUGGGUGGUACCUCCACCUUGUUUUGCAUUUGAAGACUCCACCUUCACCAAGAACCGUCCCUUCUUUCUACCUGGAGUGUUUGAUGCUUGUGUUGGCUGGAGGUGUGGCGGUACUCCCUGGUCCUCUUGGCAUGUUGCUGUGGUUACUGUCAGGAUGAAGCGCUGCUCUCUUCACAGAGGCUGUGGAGACAAUACCUACAUGCAGCACUAGAUGUCAAGGGGGUGCCAACAAGUUGGAUUUACAGCUGCUCCCACCCUCCCCAGGACAAGACGUGUGGGCCAGAAAGAUGGGAUUUGCCAUUCAACAGCAAAGCAACAACUGCCACGUACAGAGCGGAGCAAAGGCCUUCAAAGGACUUGGUUACUAGAAAUCCUCCUUGCAGCAUGUAUUUUCUCCUCAUAAAAGUGCCUCUAAAUUGGCCCCUGAAACAACUUGUCCUGGACAAGUGUCCAAAAGCACGUCCUAGGGCCCUGAAUGUUAAAAUACAGAUUGUCAGGUCGUUUAACAUGUUCUUUGGUGCUGGUAUUUCAUGAGUAAAAGGAUAAAGCCGAAAUGUAUGUCAUCACAGAGUUGCUUAUUUUUAAAGAGAACUAGAAGCAGCAAAAGAUGCUUCUAUUUUAACUUAUCUAUCAUCCCUACAUAGUUUUCUGUUUAUGAAAGUCACAGAAAUACCAUCUAUAUGCAUAGUAUGGAAGGAAAUAUAGCAACUAUCACAGAGAUUAUCUUUGGAGAUAAUAAUACUUUGCUUUCUCUUUUUCACAAUUUUAUACUGCCUUUAAAAAAUGUGUGUAUUGUAUAUAUUGCUUUGUAGUCAGGAAAACUGAUUCAUACAAUAAACCAGGGGGGGGGGGGCGGGAAACAGUAAAACAGACUUAAAAAAUAAGUAACUUGUAUCCAUUGAGAAACUUCAAAAUGUAAAAACAAUUGUAAAUAAAUGUAUAAACAAUGAUAAAAUCACAUGGACUCCACCACUUGGAGGAGAUAGUCAGGAUGAGCAUUUUGAAAGGAUUCCAUCUCGUUUGACUUCUUUUUUUGUAUGCCUGUGACAGACUUGGAGCACACUGAUUGUGCAGUGUUCUGACUAACUCCUGGUCUGGGUUUACCUGGAAGUGGCCUUGAUGCUUGCAUAUCAAUGAGCGCUGACACUUUGAAGUCUGGGAGCCUUCUAACCUGCUACUUGCUCAACCACACUGGACACCUGAGCCCCUUGAUUUGAUUUGUAAUUGAUGUAAAACUGGAGCUAGUAGAUAGUGAGAAUUGUACCUGAGUCCAGUAGCUUUAGAUACAUUUAAAACAUUCAAGAUAAAUCAUUCCUGCUUCCCAAACUAUAACUUUGACUUCUGUUUUCCCAUUCUUACAUACCAUCUUUGGGUAACAUAGGCAAAUUCUCCUGUAGCACUCAUAACUUGCCCUCAUUAUCACCAUAGUUAUUUGUACAUACUUCUACCAAGCUGUGCCUUCUACAUGGGGGGUAUAGGUUAUAAAUUACCCCAAGACAAGACCUUUGUAUAUCUCCCAUAGUCUCCCCAUUUUCCAUAUCCACCAUCCAAAGGCUUGUGGUAGGAACUCAUUAAAUGUUAAUUUCCCAUCAAAGUGUUUCCCAUUGUAUUAAAAGUCCAAUCAUAUGUAUAUGGAAGUGUUUUCCUGUUUUAAUAUAGCUCGAGUUCAGUAGCAGUACCUCCUUCAUUUGACCUGUCACAUAUAAAACACUGGAAUUACAUUUUGGAUGCUGUAGAGCUAUAACAUGAACACUUAUUUAUUUAUGGAGUAGAAUAUCUGUCACUGAACAUUUAGAGAUGUGGGAAAGGUCAUUUUGAUUAUAAACCAAUUAUUUUUUCACAAUAAAGAUGUUCUGGAAAUUA